AUGUCAAUGUUUUUCAAAUCACCAUUGGAUCUAGAGAUAAGGCUUGAUGGCGAAGAUUCACGUAAACAAGUUGAAAUCAAAUCAGCACAAGGUAAAAAAGAUAAAUACCCAUUGUAUGAAGAUGGUGAAACAAUUUCAGGUGCAGUUACUGUAAGAGUUAAAGAUGGAAAAAGAGUUGAACAUACAGGUAUAAAAGCUCAAUUAUUUGGAUCAAUUGAGAUAGCUAAUGGACAAAAGGAUGAUUUCUUAUGCCUAAGUCAUGAUUUAGCAUCUGCUGCUGAGUUAGACCAUAGUGAAACUUACAACUUUAGUUUCAAGGAUGUUGAGAAAAGAUAUGAAAGUUAUAAAGGUAAAAAUUUGAAUGUUAAUUAUUAUGUUAAAAUAACGGUAUUGAGGAAAAGUGCUGAUAUAACAAAAGUUAAGAAAUUUUGGGUUUAUAUUUAUCCAACUCCAACAGAUCUGAAAAAAUCUAUCAAAUUAGAUAUUGGUAUUGAAAAUUGUUUGCAUAUUGAAUUUGAAUAUUCAAAAUCCACAUAUAGCUUAAAAGAUGUACUGGUGGGGAGAAUUUAUUUCUUAUUAACAAGACUAAAGAUUAAGCACAUGGAAAUAAGUCUAAUAACUAGAGAAACUGUUGGUAAUGUUCCAAACCAAUUGACAGAUUCAAAUACAGUUAGAUAUGAGAUUAUGGAUGGAUCCCCUGUUAAAGGUGAAACCAUUCCAAUCCGUUUAUUUUUAGGUGGUUAUGAACUUACUCCAACUACAAAAACCAAUAUGUUUAAUGUGAAGAAUUAUUUGAGUUUGGUUAUUAUUGAUGAAGAUGGAAGAAGAUACUUUAAACAAUCCGAAGUUGUGUUAUUCCGUUCUAAAUAA